AUGCCAGAUGUCCUCCUAGUUGAUUUUCAUGGCAAACAUAAUCCGCACCAUAUAUUCUGCACCCAAACGACAAGGCACCGAAAUCUCGUUCCAGUGAGUGAUGCAAAACAACAAAGUGCCACUGCAGGCUGCCAGGCCAAACUUAGAGCGGAGAACUCUAGUCUUCAUCCACCCACGGUUGACGCAGACGGAGUUGUAACGAAAUGCGCCCCACUUGCCAUAAUGAUGGAAAGUCAUGUCGGAUUGGCAAUUUAUGUCCUUGCGUGCAUGGGCAUGGGCGUGCUGGUACUCCUUUUAUCAGCACGACUGAGUUCCUUUGCUGUGCGUCAUCUUUUUCGAGAAACGGGUGUGAAGCUUGCCAUAGUCUCUCCCCGGCUUCACACUGUUGCCUUGGAUGCUGCAUCGACUCUAGAGGGAAAUAGCACUUGUCAGCUAAACGGAGAUGGUGCUAUAAUCAUUCGGCCCGCGGAUGAAUGGGGAACGCUUUUGCAGGGAACGGAUGCCGCAGGUGGACGCCAAUCGACAAGAGCUGCACAAAACACUCAUUUUGUGUCUGAACAGGAUCAUCAGGUCAUUACCCUCCAUUCGUCUGGGAUGUCAGGGCUAGCAGUUUUCAAAUCACUCAUCGCUUAUGACGGCUCGCCUCUCGAGUACUCCUGGAAGUGGAACACAAGAACCAGCGAGCCUGACAAUCGCUACUCGCGGGAGGCGAUCGGCAAGGACUCGGGCAGGGAUGCUUUGAUGCAUUUUCUGGGCAACAGCCCUGAGGGCAAACUGAUGAAACCCAACGUGAUGGGCAUGGACAAUGUGGAGCCUUCCAAAUCGCGACUUAAGAUAUAUUUCACUUCAGCGAACACCAGCUUCAAGUCAGUCCGCGAAAUUAUGACAAUGGGCGGCAUCAGCGACAUCUCGGAGGAGAGUUUGCAGAAUUUGCGCUCCAUGAUCCUUGCUGUGUUGGGUCUGCCAGCCGAUUUUCCCGAGGAGAAAGAGAUUUCCGUUGAGUCCACUACAGCCGGACAAACGUGGAAGGAUUUUGAAGCCCUCUGCGAGGGAUUUAUUUAUUUCUUUGAUAUUGCCCCCACUAGCGGCAGGCCCCAGGUCAAAUUUUUCUUGACUACUCCCAAGUAUGGGGCGGACGACCUGACCAUUGCUCGCAAUUUGAUGGCCUGGAUGGAUGAGCAGGGUCGAGGCACGUACUGUGAUGCGUACAUCGGGGCCUGGAGAACGGGAAGGGAAUGCACGGAUACAUCAGUUAUCAGUGCUCGCAGAAGGGAGAGCCUGACAUCAAGUCUUACAUCUCUCCUGAGCUAUACUGCAAGGCCGGGUACGAAGCGCACCUAA